CUGUGAAAACUACUUGUUACAUGAUCAGUAGAGUGCAUCAAGGUGUGAUGAGGGUGAUUCAUCAAGGGGUGAAGGAUCAUCAAGCAACAAGACGAGGUGACGGUGGAAUCAAGACUCUUAAGGACUCGUCUUGUGGCGGUGGUGCUGGUGCUGGUGGAGGAGGAGGAUCAUCGUCAAGGCAGACAUGGAAAUUAUCUGGUGCUGUUGAUACCAACGCUCUCAUCAAAGCAGCAAAGGCUAAGAAGAUUAAACAGGCGGAAGAGUCUUUUAGGACUGUCAUGUUCUUGACCUGCUGGGGUCCUUAAUCUCAGCUGUUCUUCUCUGUCACUCAUCCAAAUGAGUCUUUUGUACAAAAUGUCAUAUAUAUAUAUAUAUACUCAUCUGAGUCUUGGUUUUUUUUUUAUAUAUAUAUAUAUAAGGAAAGACCAGAGAGUUUUGAGACUGGCUAGUGCAUGUAUAUUUGAUAGUUGACAGUGAAUGAAGUAUAACUUUGCAGAAUAUUA